AUGGACAAUGACCGCCGGCCACGGCAUACUCCCUCAGGUUACGCAAGCCAGCAAGGCACGCUCCUUCCACCACAGGCAUCGUAUCCAGUGGUAAGCGCACCCGAUCGCUUCAGGCAGCCGCCCUUGACAGCACCUGCCCCACCCACAUCCGUCCCCUCUUCCGGAAGUCGCGCCAGCUCUCAGGGUUACGGUUACGCUUACGGUGAAGGUGCACAGUUUGGCUCGUCGAUUCAGCCCUCUGCCGUAGCCUAUGGCGCCCAGGACUAUGCCGCCGACCAGCAACAACAGGCCCAGCGUGCGCCCCAGCAGUACUCGCCCUACGGCCAGAACAUCAUGUACAGCGUGCCGGGCGCCCAGGCCGCGGCGCAGCCUUCUUCGCAGUAUGAGCCUGUGGAACAGUACCAGCAGAACAGGGACUCGGCUAUACAGGUCCUGAGCACCGGCUUUGGCGUGGCACAACCCCAAUACUAUGAGAGCGGGCCCACGAGCGCACCUGCCUCUGCCAUCGCGGCGCAAAACGUUCCUUCCCAGUAUCCCUCAUUAGGCUAUUCCGCUCCCCAAGCUCAGGUCGGACGAGAAGCCCUUGCGCCCGCCUUCACUGCCGCUGGCAUGACAGACCCCCAUCAGGCGCCUUCCCAGGGCGGCUAUUCCCAGGGCAACUACAGCGAGCCCCAGGCCAAUAGCGGCAACGAGUACGACGACUUCUAUCGAAACUACCAGAACGAGCUGAAGAAGACGUUUGAGCAUGUCCGUGACGGCCGCCUCGCCGAAGCCGGCACACUGCUCCUCAGAAUGUCCGACUGGCUGUUGCACUGGGCCGAGACUUUGGCAGGCCUAGUACGCGACGACGAAACCUACUACCAACAGCGCCUGCAGCUGUGGGAAGAGUUCAACACCUGCUGGCUCUCCACGCUGCAGAAGCAGAAGACCAUGACGCAGGAGAUGACCACCACGGGCCAGCGACCGCAGCCUCCCAAAUCACUCAUCGAUUGGGAAUUCCUCGAGAAGAUGGGCACUCAACUUGUCAAGAACUGCGACAGCAUGGAGAAGCACGGCCUCGUUGACUACCAAAUGGGAGUAUGGGAAGAGGAAAUCGUAGCGAUGUUGACUUCCUGCAUGGACCUCCUCGAAGAAGUCGGCGCUGGUCCAUCUGUACAACGACCCACCUCCACAGCGCGACGGCGAUGA